UUACUCCCUGAUAUAUUUGUACUCAGGGUACGACGGACUACCAUUGCAUGCGCGGGAUAGGCCGUACACCGCAAUGCACACCCCCGUAGGCCAAUUGCAGAUGCAGGUGACCCCUAUGGGCUUUACGAAUACGGUAGCCGAAGCGCAAAGGAGAAUGCUCGCCGUAGCCGGAGACAUAUUUCCGGAGAAGUGUGAACCUUACAUCGAUGACAACCCGAUCAAAAGCGCUCAAGAGAAGGACGAGACGGAAGUCCAACCAGGAAUCCGAAGAUUUGUAUGGGACCAUCUACAGGACAUCAAGGACUUACUCCGCCGGUUCCUAGUAUCUAACAUCACGGCUAGCGGACCAAAGAGUAUUCUAGCAGUACCGGAAGUAACCAUACUAGGAUUUCGUUGUGGCGCAUACGGUAGGAAGCCAGAUCCGGCGAAGACAGACAAGAUAUCCCAGUGGCCAACACCCCUGCGCACGACAACGGAGAUUGCUGAGCCUAUCCGGGCCAUGAUUAGAGAAGAAGGGACCCUGGACUGGACGGAGGAGCAAGAAGGAGCCAAGGACAUACUAACAUCGGAGCAAGUCGCCUUGUCAGCACCCUGUUUUAAUGACGAAGUGGGACGACCAUUCAUCCUAGAAACGGAUGGAGGACCCUUGGCCGUAGGAGGCGUACUGAUGCAAAGGGAUGAGGAAGGAAAAGAGAGGUCAAUCAGGUUCGAAAGUAGAACCCUGAACUUCGCAGAACGGCGGUACUCACAGUUCAAGAAGGAGGUGUUAGCCAUCUUGCAUUGCCUCAAGACCUUCCAGGCCUACCUAUUUGGGAGGCGGUUCAUCCUUAGGAUCGAUCCGACGAAUGUUGUUGGGGCCUUAAAGAAUUACAGGCCUUUAGAUCCGAUGGUGGGGAGAUGGGUAGAAUUUAUCUGGCAGUUCAAAUAUAAGAUCGAACGGAUUGCUGAAAUAAGAAACAAGGCCGAUGGGCUGAGUCAGGUCUGCAUCACUCCCGAAGGGGUGGAGGAUGCGGAGCCCAUGGACGCAUUUAUGGAAUACGAAGGAGGAACUCUUGCGGUUGAUAACGAGAUGAUGGGGGAGGAAUGCGCGUCAAGAGAACUGUUGAUCCGGACCUUGGAGAAGGGGGCACCUGCCGUAGUAGCAGAACUUAGGGAAGGACCAAUCACCACUCAAGGUCGCAAAAAGGAGAAAAACUCGUGGGUAGCGAUAGUAGGACCGAAGGAGGAACUAAUAGCAAUGGCGGUUGAGGGAGGUCGGGAAGUCGUAAUGAGCCUAGUAGAAUCUUGGGAAAAGAAAGAGUUGCAGUGGAUGGUAAACCAGAUGCAGGAGAGAAAGAACGAGGACCAGGAAGGGAAGGAGUUUUUCUAUGUUCAGUAUAUCCUGGAUGCGCGAGACGACUUGAGUGGGUUCGUAAACGCGGUCGCUCUCAAGAAAAAGACAGGGAGAAGUGUAGCGGAUUGGAUAGAAGACUUCUACUUGAGGCAUCCCUUCAUCAAGAGGUUUAUAGCAGUUAAUGGGACAAAAUUUGUGAACCAAGAAGCGUUGGGAAUGCUUAAGAGGCUCUGCGUACCAAUCAAGCUCAUCGAGCCAUAUCAUCCGGAGGCCAAUGCACCUGUGGAAAGAGGGCACCGGACCUUAAAGAACACGGUUGCGAAGCUCGCGGCGGACAAUCUGGGGAGCUGGCCUAGGUACCUUAAGUACGCUAUCUUCUCAGAGAACAUGACACCUAAGAGGACGGCGAGAUGUAUCCCAGUGGAACUUUGGUACGGAAGGGAGACCAAUUUUCCCGUAGAAGCCUUGAUACCAACCUGGAACAAGUUAGAUCACGAUCCGCAUAUAACCACGGAAGAAUUGAUUGAGGCAAGAUGUCAACGAGUUCUUAGGAACGAGGAGGUCAUGGAAGACAUCGCCAACCGGGUACUAGACAGCAGAAUGAGGGACAAAGCAAGGUGGGACCGGGUUAAGAAUGUCGGAAAGGAGCCACUUCAGGACCAAGGAGAAAAACACAAGAAAAGCAAAAUGGAAUUCGGCAACGAGAAUGAUAGUGGGGCAGUCAACAGACCUACAGAAGAGGGAGGAGCGGGGCCAAGUCGAGAACGAAGGACUGCCAAGAGAAAAUUGGGCAUAGGGUUCAUGUCCAAGCAAGUGGUGGGCAGGGGUGUGAGAAAGCGCGUGUGUAGAGGACCUUCGCCCCUCCGGAAGGGAGUAGGUAUAUAUAUAUCAUCUGGAAGUGAGAGCGAGGAGGAAAGGGUAAGUGUGGGAGAAGGGGGCAAAGCGGAUAUGGGAGACAAGGCUCAGGCCUCUGACGAGGAAGGGGCCGAGAGAUGCGAGCAACGUGAAUCUUGGCAUCGGGAGAGCGAGGGGAAACAAGACAUAUGCGACAGACACAAGGACGGGGAAGAAAGAAGGGAAAGCCCGCAUGAAGAGCGGAGCGGCCACGACAAUUGUGAGGGGAGGUAUCCGGACUUUGAAGAAGGAUAUGGAGGGAGGGCAAAGAUUCCCUAUAGCUACGAUCCAAAGAACUUGAUGGGUGGAUACAGCCCCAUACAGACGGAAGAAGACGAGGAUGAGGAGGAGGAAGUACAGGAGGUCAUAGAGAUCAGCAGUGGGGAUGAGAAGGAUGAAAUCUCGAAGUCUAGAGAAGAGAGGUGGCCCCCGAUACACCAGGCGCGCAAAGGGGCCUUCAGAUGGGAGGAUGAGUUUGGGCCAACGCCCAACCAUUGGUUUCAACAAUGGCUCAGUGUGAUCAAACACGAGUGGAUUAUCAAGACUCGGGAACUCGUGAAGGCAGGGAUGGUAGCCACACCUUUGGAUUUUACAGUCAGAUGGAGUUGUGAGAGAUUGCGAGAAGGAGGAGAGAAAUCAUGGUCUCCGGCCUAGGGGUUAAGAAGCCUGCAGAAAGACAGGACGAGCAAGAAACCAAGCGAGUUGAGGCACAUGAUAGCAAUAGGGGUUAGAUGUUAAGUGUUGGACAAGAAAUUGUGAUUUCCUCUUUUGCAAAUAUGGAAUGACAGGGUUUGUAUAGUAUGAGUAAGCUUGUGAGGAAUGCGGGAUAAAAGGACUAGCUAAGA